AUGGAUGAAAUGGAAAUUGAUGCUGGACAGCUUAUAGAAAUUGUAAGACACUUUUCAGUUUUAUAUGACAUCAAACAUAAAGAGUACCGAAAUCAUGAAGUGAAAACAAAUGCCUGGAAAAUAAUCGGGGAAACCAUGAACCGACCUGCUGCAGAAUGUGAAGCACGUUGGACUACCCUUAGAAAUGUAUUCACAAGGGAAUCAAAGAAGGCUAAAGUGGUACCUUCUGGUUCAGGUGGCAAAGGGAAACCAUGGAUUAGGUUGGAAGAAAUGAGCUUUCCAUCAGGCUUCAUUCGAAGGAGAAAAACAAAAGGUAAUGUAUCAAAACCUGAAACUGAUGAAAUUGAAAUGGAUACUCCAUCAGAAAAUGUCUGGGACACAAUGUCCGAAAUAUUCCUUGAUUCAAGCCAAGUGGAACCAAUGGAAAAAACAGGGGAGGAAACCCAAGAUGAGAAUCGUGAUCCAUUUGAGGAAGUUGAGGUUGUCUGUGAAACAGAAAAAACCCCAGCAAAAAAGAAGAAAUCGAAUGAUGAUCCUAGUACCAGUAGUACACCUAAAAACUCUUCACACCCAUCCAUAACCCUGUUGAGAAAUGAGCGCCAUGAGAAGAGAAGAAAGAAUACACAGCAAACUACACUGAUAGAGACAAUAAAUAAUGCUUGGGGUAAAUUUGACAAUGUCUUGAAACAAAGUAGUCAUGAUGAGGACCCAGAUAUUUUGUUUGGGAAAAUGGUGGGUGUUGAAUUAGUCAGCAUUACCAAUGAUGAUGUUAAAUUCAAUGCUAAACAAGAAAUACUGAAGAUUUUGCAUCAUUCAAAAAAUGAUCAAAGGCACUGA